AUGAGGAGUGCAAGAAGUCUUCUCUCAAAAAGACAAAUGCCAAUAAUUAAGCUUCAGGAGGAGAGGAGCAAGUAGAACAAAUUGAGGAGGAUGGCGGAUUGGUUAGCAUUAAGGAAGAUAUUGAUGAGGAGUAGAGACAGUCGUCGCUUGUUAACUAGAGUUAAGUAGUCUAAGCAUAACAAGAGAAAGUAGAAGCAGCAGGACAAAGAAGGCGACUUGCUUCAUGAAAUUGGCAGCAGAAAAACUAAUAUCAACACUAGCUUGCAACAGACUGCCAACAAGAGGCAAAAGCAAGGCCCAACCUUGAAUUAAUCAAUUGCACAGCUAACCCAGAGAAACAAGCCUCAGAAGUAGAGCUGA